GAAUCUUACGUAAAUAGAUUACUCGUAGAAACAUCUUCAAAUUAUUUUAUCACAAGUAUUCUGAAGUAAAGUUAUUUAUACACGUGAAAAAAACGACAGGAGAAAUGGAACUAUUGUAAUUUUUUUACGCUCGUCUCGCUUACACUCGCCUGUGUAAGUCUACCUGAUUUUUUUGACCGUACUAUCGAAGAUAAAAGAUUCAUGGUUGCGGAAGCGACAGUCAGCCGAUCUCUGGCGUACCUGUUCCUCCUGUCCCGUUUCACCGGAGGCGCUCCCGUAUAUAUUAAUAGCAACGGAAAUAAUCGCUAUCGGGUAAUUUUAGCACCGAACGAUAGUUGUUUCCAAUACUUGUACUUCGCAGUUUCUUGUUUAGCUGUAAUCGGGGCCAUUUUAAGCGAAUCAUAUGUAUUUUUCAUACAUCAACCGAGUCGCAAAUGGUGGCCGUAUAAAAGUGUUGAUUUCACAAUCGGUAUUCUGGGAAUAAUUUUUGCUGUCACCAACAGCAGGAGGAUAACCAAAUGUUUCAUACAAUACAUUAAUGAAACUAAUGAUAUUACAAGUAAAAUUAUUAAUGAUUAUGACAGAUCGAAUUCAGAAGAAAGAAGACUUAGUAUAAUAUUAAUAGGCUCAAUAUGUUUUUUUAUUUUAUCGAGUUUAGUGCAUUUUGUAAAGCAGUUUUCGUCUGACUACAAUUUAACAGAUAUAUUUCUUGCUAUUAUCCUUUUUAUGUAUACGACGUUUAUGUUGUUGGUAAUGCAAAUUAUAGUAGUGAAUUACGACCUCUACAACGUCUUCAGAAUCAUCAAGCGUAGAUUGGUUGAACUGCUCGACGAAACAAGGAAAGAGACUUCCUCUUCUUCAUUGGAUAUUAAGCUGCAAAGGGUGCGUACUUUAACAACAUCUUACAUAUCCUUGUGUGACGUAAUGGAACAGAUGAACCAAGCAAGCGGGAAAGCCAUUUUUAUCGCAAUCGCAUCAUUUGUCAUCAUUAUAAUGUUCUAUUUGUGCAAUAUAUUGACAUAUUUUUAUGACAAAAACGGAAUAAAUUACUUUAAAAUCAACUCUUCUUAUACGUGCAUUUGUUAUUACUGUUUUGAGAUUUAUUUAAUAAUCAAACCCGUGCAUUUAAUUACUAAGGAGUCAAAUGAAGUUGACAUUUAUUUAGCAAGUCUCAUGUAUGAACUAACUACGGAAGGAUCGAGGAGUACUUGGCACUGGGAUGUCGUGUAUAUGCAGCUUGGUCAAUGUAGACCUGAACUGAGAGCUCUCGACAUGUUCCCCAUUAAUAAUUCCCUCAUUAUGAAGAAUAUACUGUGAACGUCUUUGCACGGAUGAAGGCCACGUUUAAAACAACCAACCAACCAACGUCAACCUUUCAAAUGUAAAUUUGAAUUAUAACUCUUUAUCCAAAUCAAACGAGUAUUAUUACAACAACCUACAUUAUUAUUUCAUGACUGUAGUGUAAGAAAAUGUUCUAUUUAAAUAUUUUGUAACUAUUAUGGAGGCAUGUAAAUAACAUGUGUAAAUUUUUUCUCAGUGACACUCGGAGUCCUAUACAUUUAUAUGCAACUAAUUGUUACCUGCAGCAUGCCCCGCAUGUUCAACUCACUUUGAGAUAUGUUAUCUUAUUCUGAUCCAGAUGAGGAAAUAAUGGAAUGACCUCAAAACUGUGGGCUUCCAAAAAAAUUUUGAAAUUCUACGUGAAUGUAAAAAGUAAUAGUGUACUGUGUAAGUCUUUUAGUCAAAUUGAGAUUUUUUCCUUGUUUAGGUCUGUUUAAAAUCAAACUGAGUUACUCUUUAUGACAUACAAGUAAGAUUCCUACGACAAUCUGACCAGCCAUUCCAGAAUUUAGUCGGAACAAACAGGCAGACAGACUAACAAGAAUCUAAAACACUUAUAUUUUAAUAAUUAUCAUAGAAAAU